GCCCUUGUCCAUCAGUCAAAUGCAUCCUGGUCAGACUGUCGUGGUUCAACCUCCUGAUGAGCUCUCUUCUUUCAUUUGCAAAACUCUGUUUCUUUUUUGCGGGCGUAGCUGCAAGAGGUAAUCUAGUCUUUAAUAACGCACACACACACACACACACACACAGAGAGAGAGAGAGAGAGAGAGAGAGAGAGAGAGAGAGAGAGAGAGAGAGAGAGAGAGAGAGAUGAAGUCGUCAAUGGCAAGAGGGAUGAUGGUUCUGGCGGUGUUAAUAAGGGUGGUGCUUAUAUGGACGGGGGUGGGUGCGACUCUAAGCCGGCGGAUCGAGGUGGCAACGCCUUUGACAAGCAUAAAGCGAUUGGCGGAAGGGCAUUGGCUAUGGCGGGUGGGGAUGUCGCCGUAUGCGGGUUCUGCUUAUCACAGCUCACCGCUUCUUCUACCUCUGCUGGGGCGUAUUGCGGAGCAGAGCUCGCGGAGGGCCGAGCAUGGACCUCACGGAUCGAGCUCUCUUCUCGAAGCCCUACCCUUUCUGGUUGCCGACAUCGCUUCGGCUAUCCUUCUCCACGCCAUAGCUGUUCGCUUCUUCCGCAGGGGAGAAGCCGUCUUUCUCUGUCGAUGGGAAUCUAUGGCCGCCGGGCAGGACAAUCGGGCGAGGAGGCGGCGGCGGCCGGAGGAACCCAAGCAAGACAAGCUCUCUUCCUCUGCGUCUGGUUGUUCUUCUACUUCUCCAUCAUCAUCGUCUGAGCUGGUCCCGAUGCUUUAUCUGCUCAAUCCAUUCUCCAUCGCAGUCGGGAUCGGGAGCUCAACCUCCCCUUUCGAUCAUUUCUUCGUCUUCCUCUCGGUUUACGGCGCGCUGAGGGGUAAUGCACCCCUGGCUACGUUCGGUUGGGUCGUAGCGUCUCACAUCUCUCUGUAUCACUUCGUGUUGAUCAUCCCGAUCGUAUGCUUGCUGAUGUACGGCCCGGAUGGCCCUCCUGCAAAGACGCUCAAGCUGAUGCUUCUCUUUCCAUCCUCGAGAGAGGUAGAAGAUGUCGGCACCAAGAAGACUCCAAUUAAAGGAGGAGGAGGAGGAGGAGGAGGAGGAGGAGGAGACGUGGAUGUCGGCACCAAGAAGCCCAUAAAAGGAGGAGGAGGAGGAGAAGGGGAAGAGAAUCAAUCCAUCCACCCCCUUCACGCAGUCGACUGCUGUCGGUCCCCGUUGACAUCUGCUGCCGGGACACCAUUAGACAAGUCUGUGUCUUCGUCGGGACGGAGAUCAACGGGGGCGACGGAGGAGGUCCAGAGGCCGGCGGCCUCCUUCUCCCCUCCCUUCUCUCCCUUGUUGUUGUCGGACAUCAGCAAGCAUACGGACGACGGAGGGGGUCCAGAGGCCGUCGCUGAGCGGGCCGGGGAGGCAGCAGAAGCUCGCGGCGAUGUUCGUUCACUGCCAGAGGGUGACGCGGAGAGUGGGAAAACGUUGAGCAGCGAGGAGCAGCCCACAGGAGGAGAAGAGGAGGAGGGAGGUGCUUUGUCCCCGGGCGGAAGAGGCAGGAGCAGUGACGGUAGGGGCCACUGCCCCCCCGAUCCGGAUUCGCUAGGAGAGCCCCCCCCACCCCCAAUUCCUUUGUCAGGGGAAGGAAGCGCCGGAGAGCGAGCGGAGGACAGGCGGAAGGUAGCGGAGACUUGUCGGAGCGAGGAGUGCGGAGGACAGGCGGAAGGAGGGGUAGUCAUUGGCCCUGAUCGUAAGAAAAAGGGGGUGGAGCAGCAGCGAAGAGUCUGCGCGAAGAGAGACGAGAGGGAGGCUCCUUCCUCUCCUCCUUUCUUGACGACGACGAAGAAGAAGUCUGAAUGCCAUAAGAUCGGUGAACACGUGUCGCUCUGGCGGGUGAUUCUGGAAAGUCUGACGUGGACCGCGUUAUGGUGGGCUUGCGUGCUUUGCCUCUGCGACGUCGUUCUAACGGGGGGGGGAGGCAUGAGGGGUUAUCCAAUAGCAGCAGGAGGAGGAGGAGGAGGAGGAGGAGGAGGAGGAGGAGGAAUGGUGGGUCGGUUGGGGCAGAUGGUAUCGGAAACGUACGGAUUCGUUAUAGCCGUCGAUGAUCUGUCGCCGAAUCUAGGUCUGUUUUGGUAUUUUUUCAGCGAGAUGUUUGACUUCUUCCGCACUUUUUUCUUGUUCGUUUUCCAUGCGACGAUCGUUGUGCUCAUUUUGCCCACGGCGAUUCGUCUCCAUCAUCGUCCCGUCUUCCUAGCGUACGUUUACAUCAGCACCGCGGUCAUCAUGAAGUCGUAUCCCUCGUUGGGGGAUGCCGCUCUGUACUUGAGUUUUUUGCCCCUCUUCGUUACCCAGCUGAAGGGAAUGCGGUUUCUGUACUUGAUAUGGAACGUCUAUCUGUACGUGGCUGUGCUUGGGCCAGUCAUGUACGAUCUGUGGAUAUGGCGCGGCACGGGCAACGCCAAUUUCUACUACGCAAACACCCUCGCCUACGCGUGCGUGCAAUCACUCUUGCUCGUGCGCAGUGUGGCCACAGUUUUGAAAUUCGACCGAGAUUUGAAAUUCAGAUUUAAGAAAAGUGGCGACCCCUUUUCUUGAAGUUGUUGCGUGAAGAACUUAUUGUAACAAUACCGCCCUUCUUCCUUCUUCUCCCUUUUUUUCCUCCGACUUCCGGCUCCUGCAGCUUACCCUUGUCCCCUUCGUGUUGUUCUCUCCUCCGUUUCUUAAUCCUCUUUCAAUC